CAGUGACUUGCUCUAGACAUUGUGAAGCUUGAAAGCUCUUGCAGUUACAAUUGCUGUCUUGUCGUUGGGCUGCUUUCUUUCUUUGAAAACCUAUAUUUAAACAGGAAUAAUGACAGCUUGUAAGAUCCUGUAGUUCUGACAGAUUAUAGAAAUAACAAUGCACUGUUUGUGGCGCUGGGCGACAGCUAGAACUCCUGUGAACACGGCUAAGAGUCAGCCGGUCGUGCUGUGCCGAGUGCGAGGGCUGUUCUGGGAGGACGUGGCCGACUUGGAGAGAAUACCGGAGGAGCUGACCUUAGAUGCCUUACUAGAAAUGAAUGAGUCAAAGGUGAAAGAAACAAUGAAGAGAUGUGGUGCCAGAGAUGAGGAGUGCUCCAGACUCAAUGGGGCACUGAGCUGCUUACGGAAGGUGACUGAAUCAGGUGGGGAGUUGAAAGACGACGUGCUGAUGAACCUUUCCGAGGCACGGCGAGAGAACAGCUCUGCAAACACGGCAGAAUCCCCCUGCUCCUCCGCGCCGGCGUGGACUCCCUCUGCUCUGCACCUGCCCAAGGGCAACAGCCAGCAGGCACGUUCUGUCUCAGUGUCUACAAUCCCAGCUUCAGAUUCGCUUGCCUCGAGUCAUGGACCUUCUAUCUAUGCAGAAAACCUCCUGGACCCUUUUGCAUUCCCUGCACACAGUGGAAGGUUAACACCAAGGACUCCUCACAGCAUCACCAUCACUCCACCAACCACCCCUCAAGCCAAGAGACGACAUAAGCUGAAGCCACCACGGACUCCUCCUCCCCCUUGCCGGAAGGUUUUUCAGCUGCUGCCUAACUUUCCAACCCUCACAAGGAGCAAGUCCCAUGAAUCACAGUUGGGAAAUAGGAUAGACGAAGUUCCUCCAAUAAAGUUCGAACUCUCCCAAGGAUCCCCUCAAACGGUACGAAGAGACUUUGGCCUAGCAGUAACACACAGGUUCUCUACAAAGUCUUGGUUAUCUCAGAUUUGCCAAGUCUGUCAGAAAAGCAUGAUGUUCGGGGUGAAGUGUAAGUACUGCAGAUUAAAAUGUCACAACAAAUGUACUAAAGAGGCACCUGCAUGUAGAAUAUCCUUCCUUCCCAUAACAAAAAUAAGAAGAACAGAGUCUGUCCCUUCUGACAUCAAUAAUCCAGUAGACAGACCGACAGAACCACAAUUUGGAACUCUUCCCAAAGCACUAACUAAAAAGGAGCAUCCACCAGCAAUAAAUCAUCUGGACUCUAGCAGUAAUCCUUCUUCCACAACCUCAUCCACACCGUCUUCUCCAGCACCUUUCCAGUCUUCCAACCCUCCCAGUGCAACACCUCCCCCAAACCCAUCUCCUAUGGGCCAGAGGGAUGGACGAUUUAACUUCCCAGCUGCCUACUACAUUCAGCAUAGACAACAAUUUAUCUUCCCAGUGCUCAUCAACAGCCAGACACAGAUGGAGUCGAAUGUGAAGCAGAGAUGGGACUCUUGGCGCAUGUUUCCCUUCUCCUAUUGUAAACAGGUGGAAGAAGCAGAGACUAAUAAAUCAGAACCCGAAGAUGAUGAGGAUGAGGUGGAAGAUUUGCCAAACAGACGGCCACACUUGCAAGGGAUGAUCUAUCGCAACCCCAGCCAGACCAGCGUCUACCUGCAAGAGUGGGACAUUCCCUUUGAACAGAUUGAACUGGGGGACCCCAUUGGCCAGGGACGAUGGGGGAAGGUUUACAAGGGCAAGUGGCACGGGGAAGUGGCCAUCAGGCUCUUGGAGAUAGAUGGGAACAAUCAGGAUCAUCUCAAGCUCUUUAAAAAGGAGGUGAUGAACUACAGACAGACCCGGCAUGAGAACGUGGUACUUUUCAUGGGAGCAUGCAUGAACCCUCCUCAUUUAGCAAUCAUCACCAGCUUCUGCAAAGGAAGGACACUUCACUCCUUUGUGAGGGACCCCAAGAUAUCCCUGGAUAUUAACAAAACCAGGCAGAUAGCACAGGAGAUCAUUAAGGGCAUGGGGUAUCUUCACGCAAAGGGGAUUGUGCAUAAGGAUCUGAAAUCCAAGAAUGUUUUCUAUGACAAUGGGAAAGUUGUGAUCACUGAUUUUGGAUUAUUUGGAAUUUCGGGAGUGGUUCAGGAAGGAAGGAGGGAGAACGAAUUGAAGCUGCCUCAUGACUGGCUGUGCUACCUGGCCCCUGAGAUUGUUCGUGAGAUGGCCCCUGGGAAAGAUGAAGACAAGCUGCCUUUCUCCAAAGCUGCAGAUAUCUAUGCCUUUGGGACUGUGUGGUAUGAGCUCCAAGCAAGAGAAUGGCCCUUCAAGAACCAGCCUGCAGAGGCACUCAUCUGGCAGAUUGGGAGUGGCGAAGGAGUGAAACAAGUCCUUGCAACUGUCAGUUUGGGGAAGGAAGUCAACGAAAUUCUCUCAGCGUGCUGGUCGUUUGAUCUCGGUGAGAGACCCAGCUUCACCGUCCUCAUGGAUAUGCUUGAAAAACUGCCAAAACUGAAUCGUCGGCUCUCCCACCCAGGGCAUUUCUGGAAGUCUGCUGAGUGA